AUCAGUACCUUUGAUGCUCAAAUAUUCAUUGCGAUGCUCUAGUUCCUGUAGCUCGUAAUGCAGAAUUAUAGAGAGCGCUGCAUGAACUUCGAAAAAAAGUGUCAGUUCUGAUUCGAUGUAACUACGACAUUGUGCGAGAGAGAGUUAAACAAAUUUCUAUGCAGUGCGUGCACGUAAACGCGUAUCAAGUCGCGUGAGGAACUCGGUAGUCUCGUACUCUUUUCCUUCGGGCCGCAGUGCCGAGAGGGUUUUGAGGACACGCAGGAUCCAAACGCGAGAGGAAGAUCAAUGCGCACAGCGAUAAUCUGCUGUGUAAUGUUUUACCAGGUGUGUCAGAGAAAUUAGAGUCGCAAUCAGAGAAUUUUUACUUUGAUGUGGGAUAGAUCUAGCGGGCUGUGGGAAAUAUUCAGACGCCACACAAAUUGAUUCACUCUUGUGGAAUGCAAUACCGUGGCCAAUUAUUACUUACGCAUCGACCUCGCUCGCACGGGUAUACAUUUUAGUCUUGGACAAUACAGAACACGAUGAUGCGAUGUUCCUUUGUGCAAGAAAUUUGCGAAAUUUCAUAUCAUAUGACUAUCUCGAUAUCUGCCAGUUGAACGUGACGCAUCGCAUUACGUCAUUAUCCGAUUAAUUUUGGCAAAAAGUGAGGAGCAAAACGGGAAAUAAGUAGAAAAGUUAUCGAGAGGAGAACAUGGGAAAAGUGAGAAUUACAAGCCUUUUCUGUAGUUUCCUAUAGCUCGAAGCUUCUAAUAAAAAAAAUAAUUUCCUGGCAUUUAUCAUAAAUUUAAUGUUCUUGGAUAAUUUACCACUAUUGCUAUUGUAACAUUGCAUUUUCUUAAGCUGAUUCCAUUUCAUUAGACUUCGAAGUAAUUGAUUUAGUCUUCAUCACAUGUCGGUUUCAGAGAGAAACUAAUUACGACGAUUCUGAUCGUGACUAGUGUUCUCUAAAUACUGAUUACGCUUCUCUAGCGAGGUAGAGUAAAAAGACUGAAGUGAGUGUUCAUGAAGAACUUAUCUACAUUAUAAUAAUCUUGGGUGCUACACCCAAAUAUUGUAGAGAAAAUUAGUGUAGCAGUAGACCAAAACUCGUUGGUACAAUUAACGAUUUUAAGGCACGUAACGAUAAUUUACCGAUACGUUCGUUACCUAAAUCGAGUUGAUUUCCAAACAAUUGCAGGCCAUAAAAUAUUGUUAGGAUUUUUAAUCUAUCACACUGCAAAUGCUCAAACGAUGAAAAAUUUUCCUUCGGAGUACGACAGGAUAUUGUUCGAUCGACAUUUUAGCUAUGAUCACGCCACCAUCCAACGGUUUUCGCCUUGUGCUUCCCUCUACUUCCUUUUUCUGUAUGAGGGUCAGAGAACCUCAGAAGCUUACUUUAGUAGGUAGUAGAAGCAUGUGAAACUUUCGCGGAUGUGUCUCAUUUCUCUCGUUUCCUUAUUUACCGAAAGGACACGGCCUGGCUCGCAGUACAAUAGGAUUUCAACACAUUCGAUAGGUGAAUGAUACACAACCAGCACGAUGGACGAAUACGACAAGAAAUUUGCAGAGAUGCAAAAACACAUUCCGUUUUUGGAAGCGAUGAUAAAGCGGUUGAAAAACGUUAAGGACAAAUCGCGGGAAGCGAACCUGGAGAAAAUGCAGAGUCUACACGAGAUCUUAACGGAUAGCAAAAGGAAGCUGAAGAUCGAAACAUUGCAGCGAUGCGAAGAAGUUCUGCAGAGGUUGCACGACAAAGUAGGAAAGUUUCAGGGAAAUACUCCCGGAUUACACUAUCCGCGCAAGAAAGACGAUGCUACCUCUACGGGGUCCUCGACCGCGUCGGAGGAAACGAAGAACAAGUCUAAGGGAGAAUCCAAGACUCGGCCCGUGGAAGACCCGAAAUCCAAAACUGCAAAAAUCAAGAAUAUCCAUGAGACUCCAGCCAGCCCGAGUCCUCCGAUUACUCCGGAUUCGACCUCGCAGACAGAGCCGAUAAUAAUUCCUACAGAACGCAAAGCAGAUCUCUAUGAUAAAGUCGAUAGCAAACCGGCAUCUCCUGAUCCCGUAGAGACUCAAGCAACUACGGUUCCCAUUAUCAUACCUACUGAGAGAACCAGUGGCGAACUAUCUCCGCAAAAUUCGAGUAAAAGUGCGGACGAUAUGACAUUCAGCGAGUGGGACAUGCUCGAAGAGAACGAGAAACAUAUGACGAGUAAUAAAGGAUGGCCUUGUCACGACGUGGCUACGGCCGCCAAAAUCAUCGGCAGCAAUCUUCCCCACAAAAGUCUUAUGACUCAUCAAGUACCUAAUUCUACAGAAAUGCUUUCGAUACUAGAAGAGGAAAGAUUGCUUGAUGAAUUUACGUCCGACUCCAACACGGACUCGUCACACGAGUCAAACGAGGUAAAUGUGCCCGAAGCAAGAUUGAGCUCGCCAGAUUCGGAGAUUUUGUUUGUCAAACACGUUAAUAAAACGUCACCGAAACGAAAGGAACCUCUUCCAAAACCUGUGUUAAAAUCUUCGGUACCUCUGUUGCUGUCACCGCCUCCGGUUUCGGAACCACCGUUAUCUCUGGAAGACAUAGCGGAGUUGUUGAACGAGGAAGGUGGCGGUAAGGUGGAGAAGAAAAGUGACAGGUCAAAGGAAGAUACUAGUUCUAGCAAAUCGAAGAACGAGAAGCAAGAAGGUAACAAGGAUCCAAGGAUAUCAAAACCGCAGCUACGACAGGACGGUAUCGAUACCGGCAGUGAAAGACGCUGGGAUGAAGUAGAUAAACAUACAGUUAAGUUGACUACUAGAAAGUGUUUACCGAGUAGUUCGAGCUCUGGAAAAAUCGAAAGCACAAUGAUUGGUGAAAUGAAGGGGCCAUCUCAAAGUAAUUUAAGUCACGGUCCAGGUCCACUUACGCCAGGUACACCGGCCGAUAAUAAAAAUCUCCCUUCUGCGAGUUCCAAGUUAGAACCACGUGCCACGGACAAUUAUGAGCGGCAUCCGCGGCACGUACGCGACAAUGUCGAUAAAAACGUGCAUAAUAUUAACUGUCGGCCCGACGAACAAGUCGUAAUCGACAAAAACGCGAUGCAUUAUCCAAGACCUUCGACAGCCGUAAGUGCCGAAGUUGUGCCGGACAUCUUCAACCGAGCACCACCUGCUCCGACUGGCCAGUGGGGCACUUUACCAGUUCCCAUGAACGUUAAUACAGAGUUUCCCAACAAUCAGUGGCCGACUCCUACAAACUUUACCGGCGUGGUUACCGCUCCCCCGCAAACAUAUCAGAUGAUGCAACAAGAUAUGUGGAACAUGAAUACCAUCGAUCCCCGUAAAAUAAACGAGGCCCAGCUGAGGCUCAAUCAAUUCCCAACGAAUAUAAACCCUGUCAUAAGACCUAUGAUGACUAUAAACCCCAACCCUAUCGACAUUAAUCAUAUUCCAAGGCCGGAAGAUGCAGAUGUAGUUCCUGUGCCAAGUAUACCACCUGUAGUAUUGCCACAAAGAUUCCCUGUUCCACAGCCAUAUAGAAAUUUUCAAGGUGAAAACAGAACCCCCUACGAACAGCCUUUUGAAUAUUCCCAUCAGAGACAGACUUGGGAGUCUCCGUCGACUCACAGACCAGAGGGCGAGGUCCCGGUCCCAUGUGUCACUGAACCUACAGAUGGAUCUUCGGGACAAUUUCCAAGAACUGGUACACCCUCUCCUUGGACCAGAGGUCGAGGGUCGGGUAGAAGUCGCGGUACGUAUUACCACGACAGAGGCAGAGGGAAUUUUAAUCGCAGACCCGAAUGGUCGAGGGACCCACGGGUACGGGAACAUGGCACAGUAACCCAGAAUACAGGUCAAUCGAGGGAUAAUGGUUCUUCGGUCAGAGACCCUAGAUUGGCUAAAGACAAACAUUUACCUGCGACUAAGACUAAGGAGAAUGCCUUGAACGAUAGAGAUCCCAGAAAACGUACACUGGCUUUCAUACCGCUUAAGAAGGGUAACGAUAAAACUAAACCUGCAUCAAAAUCAACCGAUAGUCAUAAACGUGGGGAUAUUGAAAACAGUGGUAAGAUAGAAAAGGCAGGAAAAGAUAAGCAAGAUAUGCAAUCUCCUUUGGAGAGUCUGUACGGUGUUAUCGACACAAAGGCGAAAUCCUCGCAAGGCCUACAGAAAUUUAGAAUCCCGAAGAUAAAGCGCCCCGAACCUUUAGAAUGUCCUAUAUCGAAUUAUGUCCCAGAAGAUACGGACACUAAUAAUAAGAAGAGGAACAAAGAGGACAUCAGCAUGGAGGUUAGCAGUAGCUGUGACGGAAAUAUUCUCGUGGAGGAUUGGAGCGGUGACAACAAUCACGUGGUAACAAUCACGAAGGAAAAGAACAUUACUGUUGAGCCUGUAGAAAAUAAGAACGAGUCCGUUGUUACUGAAUCCGCUUCUAUCAGCACUACUUCUUCGAAAUCACCAGAAAACGCUGAGAAGCUUAAGAAAGACGAGGAGUCCGAGGGAUCCAAGCCGAAGGAAGAGGUAACUCAGGAAUGGAUAGAGUCUUUAAUUAAAAAAUCGUUCGAAUUCGGCGAAGGGAAAAAGUUCGUCGAGCAGGCGAAGUUCAUACAAAAAUUAGGCGAGGUACUCGAGGGUAAGAAGCUGAAGAAAAUUAAAAAGAUCAUCGAAUCUGAUUCGGAGAGUAGCAGUUCGGAUAAGACCAAUACGUCCGGGACGAAGAAGGUCCGGAUCAAGAAGAAGCGUCGAGUCAUCGUUUCGGACAGUUCGGACGACGAAACUCGAGCUGAAAACAUUGACAUUCUGAACACUACUACGGAAUCAGACGUUGUAUCACAGGCUGAUGAUAAGAAAGGAGAAGCGAGGAAGCGAAAGACUUCGGUCAGUGGAUCUUCUAACAAAGAUCCGGCUUCUAAAGACAGCGUAACUCUAGAACAAACAGAGGUUGAAAAGAACAAGAAGUCGAAUGAGGAUAAAACGAACGCACAGGAAACAGUCGUAGAAACACCUAAAGUGGUUAAGAAAAAAUCUACUCAUGUUUCUCCAAAGACCAAAACGAAGAGGAGGAAUUCUUUAGAAAUGUUACAGGAGGACGUUAGAGACAUGUUCAUCAGCGAUGAUGUUGUGGCAGCAACUGGUUAUCGGCACUGUCGAUCGCGAGAGAGUUCGACUACCGCGAAUACGUCCACUCACAGUAAUUCGUCUUUGAAGAAAGGUGAGCAGGGUCAACUGGACCAAGAGUACGAUACAGAAGACUCUUCGAAACAAAAAAAGUCUGCUAAAACGACUGAGUCGAGUAAACGAAGAGGCAGACCGAAGAGGGGCGGGCAACAAUCCACUCGAUCACGUCGUUCUGCGAAACGUUCCGAGUAUGACUCGACUUCGAGCAGUGAAGACGAUCAGCCGCUGGCUUUGAGAAUAGACCCGAUACAAUGUAAUAGUCCGUCAUCCGCUCAAGAUGCAAAGAACGAUGACUCCGACGCUCUAAGAAGAAGCAAACGUAUUAAUAAGGAAAUACUGAAGCAGCCGCGUAUAGUCGUUGAGAAGACGGACAUCUCCAGAAUGGACAGUUCUAAAGUGAUGUUCGAUAGUUCUUCCGAUGAGAGUUUCGGGAUAGAUGUAUCAGAAUUGGCUGCGGCUGUAGAUAUUUCAUUGCAUCCAGAUAAGCAGUUUGAACCUGAAUCCGCGGAGUCUCUCGCGAAGAAGAAAGAGGCCGGCAAGUCGGGCAAAAAGAGCGGAAUUGAAUCGUUGAACGAAACUAGAGACGAUACUCAGUUCUCAGACGUGGGGAGCGUUAUUUCUGAUAUUUCCUUGGCUAGUAGCAUAACUUCCGGUAAGAGGGCCGUUGGUUUGCCCAAAAUAGAUGCCAGCGCCAACGAAGAGUUGUUGAGCAAUAUUUUAAUAGGUUUAGUGCCAUCCAAGAACGAUUUGGACAAGGAUCCGUUGUUAGUGGAUAAGGGAAGCGAGGCGGACGUAGACGACGAUGUUGGCGAUCCGUUACGAACUGAAAACAUCGCGCGAAAAUCUCCAACGAAAAAGAAAAAGAAGAAAUGGCAGAUGGGUAUCCUGUCUAAAAAGAAAAAGAAAAAGACUCCUAAAAGUGAUGCCGAAUUGAAUACUAGCCUUGAAACAGACGGUCCUAACAACGCGGAGAUCACUUCAAUUCUACAAAAUGCAGAGAACUGUGACGUGACACAGGGAGCUAGCGUAGAAAAACCAAAAGAUAAUGUUAAGAACACUGAUAAUGAAAAGAUUUCUGAUUGGCACAUAAGUAAACGAAAAUCGAAGGAACGACCAAGUUCGUGUGUUCUGGUAGAAAGUAAAGAAUUGACUAAAGAAGGAGAUGAAGAAUUGUGCACGCCUUCGAUUAAUGAAAAACCAAAAGAAGUCGAAAAACGCAAAGAGAGAUCCAUUAUGACUAAAGAAGAUAAAGCUUAUAACGAGUUGACUCUAGAAACAUUAAACGAUUAUUUUUGGACGAUACAGGAUAGGUACAAAUGCCUGAUCUGCGCCUUCACAGGCAAGAGUAUCGUUUAUCAUUACAAAGUGCAUCAUCCUGGAAAGGAGAUUUUAAUUUCCAGGUUGAAGUCUGAAGACGCUCGUUCGGCUAUUCAGGACGCUAAGGACAGCGAUCUGAAGAACACAUGCACAGAACCUGUCGCAGAGCAAAAUAGUAAAUUGCAACUUAAUUGCAGAUUUUGUCCCAUUUUCACGAAGGGUACAAGGAAGAUUGCGAUGGAAGCAUUUUAUGAGCAUUGCACCACGCACACGGGAGAAUAUAGGUUCCAUUGCAACAAUUGUCCUUAUAAAACUGUGGCAAAGUCUUCGAUGAGAACUCACUUUUACAGAGUGUGCCGCGUAGGUAAACAAUCGUUCUCCGAGUCCACCAGAGAGGAUCCUAUACCCGACGAGAACUGUAUUUGCGGCUAUAUAUGCUCAGUUUGUAACUACAUUCAAUUAAUGAAAUCAAACUUGGAGCGACACAUGGAUCGGUGGCACAAAGAUGAUCCGAACGCUGAAAUGAUUAAAAUCGAUAUGUCGCACAACUCGACAGUGGAAGAAGAAUCGAGGGACCCGGUCGAUGUAUCUGAGAAGCAACUGAAGGUUGAAGACGAUUCUCCUACUUUAGAUACAAUAGAAGACAUAAUGAACACUACGCCAACUGAAUUCAUCGAGAAAGAAGAGCUUAUAACUACGAUACAAACCGAGAAGGGUGAUGGAAUAAAUGAUGAGGAAGAUAAAAAACCAAAAAUGGAAAUACCCAUCGUUAAACCCGAGGAAGUAGAACUUCCCGAAAUGGAACCUGUUCCUAAUGAAACGAAAAAAUUGUUGCAAAUCGAAACUGAUUCGAAUUUACCGUCAGGAAAUCUAAGUGUAUUCGUGUGUCCACCGGAGCUGGAAAAAGAGGAAGUGGAGAUUCAGUUGGAACGGAAACGAAAGAUGCAGGAGAUCAUUGAAAACAUCGGCAUCAAGUUACAGAAAGAUGCCUCGAAGAAAGAUUUAUCCAUCAUAGACAAGUUGAAGGAUAAGAUGAAGACCGAUGAACCGACGACGAGUGACAAUUCCGAAACUAAUAACGUGGUUCCAGAUUCUGUAAUCGAAACCAUCGAUACUUUGGCUUCUAUAAAGAAGACACCAUCUGAAGAGUUGCUUGCACCCUCGGCUAUCUCAAAAACGCCUCCUCCAUUGUCUGAAGAGAAUUUAGAUAAUACACAGACAACAGAUUCAAUAAUAAAAACGGAGACAUUAUCUCCUGUGAAAUCCUAUUCUCAGCCUACUUCUGAAGCGGAUACAGAGAAAUUGAUAGUCAAGGAUCCAUUAUUGGAACCGAAGAAGAAUGUUGAAAGCGAGGCAGAGACUAGCGAUAUCGAGAAUAUCAAAGUCGCGCCUCCUGUAUUCGAUUCCGAUUCAAGCAGCGAACAAUCCGAUGGGGAACUGUCUACUGAUGUUAACAUGAUCUUGAAGGAAACUUCGAGUAUUAACGCGUCCUCGAAGGAUCCGAUGCUGACCACUAUCCAGAGGCUCGCUGCUCAACUUCAAGCCACGAAACCGCUCGAAGCUAAGGAAAGUGCCUCUCCCGAUAUUGACCAACUGAAAAGAUCACGUUCCACCGAUUCUCUACCCAGGCCACCACAUGUGGUUCCAAUCGCAAGCAUUAAGAACUUCAUCGGGAGAAUGGAAAACAGGUUUAAUGAAAUAUCGAACGACUCGAAUGACAGCGAUAGUAAUCAACCGAAGAACUUUAUUCGAUUAAGAAGACUCAGCGGAGAUAUGUUAUCGGUUCCUGGACCUUCUCCAACUAGCCAAGAAGACCAACCGUUAUUAAUGAACGAUGCGAAUCAAACUGGUACCUCGGAUAAGAAUGAUACUUCGUCACAAUCAGACGUGGAAGAAGAAUGUUCGUUCUUGAAAAUCGAAAAUGUAGUCAGUCUCGCGCCGAGGAAUGACGGUGCCGAAAGCCCCAUUAUAAAUAAUAUACGAAAAGCGGUCGAGACGUCUCCUGUAAGAAGUAAGCCUGUGUCCCUGUUAAAGAAAACUCAUUCGCCUCUAAUUUUGAAAAGGGUGAACACAGUGAACAUUACGCAACCGUUGACGAAGACUGUCCAAACGAUAGUACAGCCCACGCCAGAGACGAUAAAACUAAUUGGCGUAAAAAGUAUCUCUCCUGCUUCUGUAACCACCACGCAACUCGCCACUGGUUUCAUUCCGAUUGCUCCGAAGGGUAAGCUUCCGGUCAUAACUCAAGGGAAUACGCGAACCCUGGCCGUCACGCCAUCCACGCAAUCGGCGAAUGUAAAAUACAAAAUUGUAAAAGUGGUGCCGACCCCGUCCUUCAUGAAAGCAAAGGAGUCGUUACCGGCACAAACUAACAAGGCAAAAUCGGCGGAAGCUUACAAUGCGAUGUUGAAGCCAGCGAAGCUGGUUCACUUGUACAAAUGCAUGGGGCGGAAUUGUCAGUUUACCACCGAUGUCGAGUCUUACUAUCAACAGCAUUAUUUACAACACGCGAGUGCGGUUGAGAAAAGGAAAAAUCUGCUGUCGUAUGAUUAUCAGAAAUGCGCAUACUGUCCAGUAGAACUGGAGGAUUGGAAUCAAAUGAAAUCGCACAUAGACGAGAAACACGCGCAUUGUCGUUAUCAGUGCAUAUACUGUUUUUACAGAGCGGUUGCAUCCUCUUACGUGCAGAUACAUCAAACGGUCGCACAUUCUGGACAUCGUGGUAUUUUACUCUGCAAAAUGAUUAAAGAAGUGCCAUCGAAGGAAGAAGUAAACCGACACGAUACUAUACAUCCUUAUGUGUGUCAACACGAUUGCGGGAAGUUCUUCUAUGUGUUUGAAUCUUUCGUGGCACACUUGAAAAGCAAACACCUAUCACUGUCCUGCUUCAUAUGUCACGUGUGUCGCGCUACGUACGUAAGAAUGCCGCAAUUUCUUAGUCAUUACAAAACGCAUGGUUUCUUCAAGUACCAAUGCCUCUAUUGCUUGCACGGCUCAGACUACAUAAGCGAGAUGCAUUGUCAUCUGAGUUCGCUUCAUCCUAAUCGAUUACCGGAAAUCAUCGAACGGUCUCUUCCUACCAAGGCGGUGCGAAACAAAGACGUGAUAGACCAAUUAGUCGUAAGAACAUUAGAUGAUUCUUACAAAACCGAUCACAUAAUCAACGUGGAGAGUUAUAGAAAUGAUAGUAAUAAAGAAACAUCGGUUGUUAAUGCCACGACGUCUCAGAAAAUAGUUGUCUUGCCAUUACCUAAAGAGAUGAAUGUAUUAAACAAGGAAACAGUGAACGAUUCUUUGUCUGCUUUAUUUGGACAUGGCAACAUUUCGAAUAGUACAUUGAAUCCUGACAUUUCGGUGUUCGAAACAUCUCUUAACGACAGUACGACUUCCGCUGAAAGUAGCGUUAAUAAAACUUUCGGAAGCCUGUUCAACAAAUCGGACGUUUCGACGAAAGAAUCUGUGGACAGAAGUUCGCUGGAUAAACCACCGGAUUCUAUAUCAGACGCGAGUUCCUCAAAGGUUGGUGAAACGCUUUUCGACUGCAGCGAUGAAUUUAUAAAUACCAAUUUACUGGACAAUCCUGGCGUAUUGAAAAAUGGCAACAACGAUGUACCAGCUAUGAUCAACAGCUCGGCUAAUUUAGAUGAUAGCGAUAUAGAAAUCAUAGAUUAUGAUAAUGCGGAAAUCAUUCCACCAAAGGAUAUAAAAUCCGAAUUGGAUAGAGCGGACAGUAUUGAUGUAGGUGAUAAACCGAAAACGGAAGUUGGAACUGAUUAUUCUUCGAAUGAACAGACUUCUAGCGAUGUUAAAGAUUCGAACACGGAUUUCACCGAGAGCAAGAUCGAAGCCGGUACUUCUACGAAAACGGAGAAACCCUUGACGCUGGAAGAUAUUAAAGAUACCGGCCUUACAGGAGCGGCAUUGUACAUAUGCGGUUUCGAUUGUGGCUUCAGUGCGCCCACAGGUGUUCUUUUGAAAAGUCACGGAAAAAAAUGUUCCUUAGGCGGUGAGAAUAAAAGCUUAAAAUGCGUCCAUUGUGGCAAACGUUUUUUGAAAAUUGGAUUCCACGUCGAACACUUGAAGACGCACGGGUUAAAAAGAUUCGGUUGUGCGCUGUGCAAAAAGAGGUGUGCAGUAGGCCAUCAAGCAGUAGCGCACAUGAAACAGAAACACAAAUACUCUUGUAGUAAAUUGGUUCCUGCCGAUCCGAAGAAUCCAACCGCAGACGGGUUAUUCAUAGUUCAACCAAUUAUCGAGAAUGGAGAACGGAAAGGAAAGAAGCGUAAAAUUGCUACCAAGUCAAACGAGAAAGAGCCUGAAAAACCAGCGACGGAUUCUGAAAAGCUCACUUUUAGUCCCGACGAAAUAGACGUAUUGCCGCGGCAAGCUAUCUAUAAUCGCGAAGUGCAAUGCGCUGUUUGUCCGUAUACCACGAAAGUUCGUAUGAACAUAAUUAGACACCUGCAAUUGCACGCGAAGGACGAGAGUGUGCCGGAGAGCGGCCCAGUUAACCCGGUGCCCUGCUUGGAUAAGAAAGAGCGGAUGUUCGAUAAAAUGGUGAACCUGGCUAGCAGUUCUCAUCAGAACGGCCGAAUGGGAGGGAAGCCGAAGGAGAGCAGUAAUAAAGAUAACGAUGACGAAUUCAUCCCGAAAUUCGUACCGGAGCACAAGAGAUACGUGUGCGGUGUGGCUGAAUGCAAUUAUUUAACGGUCGAUGAAGCGAUGUUGAGGUGUCAUUUAAAGGCUUUGCAUUCGGAAGAACAAUAUUUCCGGUGUCCCCAUUGCCCGCAACCGCCGCCAGGUCAAGAGGGAUUAAACAUAGCAAUCGAUAAAAUGGGCAUUCAUUUGAAAAUGCACGAUACCAGACUUUAUAAAUGUUCUCACUGCAAUCACCAUCAUUAUCAUAGGCACAUCGUCGAGAGGCAUCUGUCCGAUAAACAUCCGGAGAAAAGACCGUUCGUAAAAGUAAUCAGGGAAUCGGAAAGCACGGAGGGCAAUCAGCAAUCCGUGCAAGAGGAAGCGGAUGAAGAGAUACCGGACCCAGAUGGAAAUCAUUGGAAGUGCAACAUUUGCGAUUACAAAUGCGUAUACAAAGCGGAAAUGGUGAAUCAUGCGAGUACGACGCACGAUGAAAAAUAUCAAUACAAAUGCAACUUGUGCACUUUCAAGGGCACCGUAAAAAUAAUGUUCGAACAACACAUGAACAGUAAACAUUCUAAUGAUCCGAAUGCCGAUUAUAUCUUAGUGUACCAAAGGAUAAGAGGUAUAAAUAAAAAGAAUUCGGAGAACGUGGAACAGAGCGGACAAGAUGAACCUUUCGAUACGACUCCCCUUUGGAGGAGGGACAUGCCGCGAAUCAGGCACAUUCGCGGAAUUCUUCUCGAGGAGGAAGGUGAUGAAUCGGUCGAGACAAGCCCGAAAGCGAAGCGGAAAUGCGAUUUAGAUUUAUCAACCGCUAAGCCAGCUAAAAUAAGACCAGGGAAGUCGUCCUCAUUGGACGAGGCGAGGCAAACGAAGGAAAGCUCGAAACGAUUGUCCUUAGAAGGGGAAAAUGUAACCGAUACUCCUGAUGACGUAGAUAAACUGAAGGAAGAAAGUGUUAAUCCAAUCGACGAUUACGAGUUCAACGAGACGGAUGUCGGACGGUAUGGUCCAUACGGCAAAGCUGACGGAAAUAUGUACGUCUGUACAUUGUGCACAACGUUUAAAACGAAAUACAAGCACGAUAUGAGGGAUCACCUUUAUAGAGAAUUAAAUUAUGCUAGAUGGCAUUGUAAGGAUUGUGGCUACUUGUCGGUGAAUCGCAACGCAUUGUUGAAACAUUUUAAUAAGCACCAUAACGGAGAUCGUCCGAAUCACGAACCAUUAUCUCCGGACAAUGACAUCGAGGAAUGGGUCCGGACACUAUUGAAGAAACAGACACUGAUGAUCAAAGGAUUAUUGUUGAAACAAAAUGCAGAGAAUACUGCGCUCGUAAAUGCUAUCGAAACCGAUGGUAGAAAAUCAGUUAUAACUGAAACUACACAAAGCACCGUUAAAGUAUCAAAAUUUGAAAAUAUUACUGACAAACCUUCCACUGCACAAUCAAGUUCGACAGCUGACGUGGCUGAUAGCACGGACAAUGAGACUCGUGCAGAUGCGGAUAGCAAUUCACCGAUAAAGAUGGAAAGUGAACUAAACACGGAUAGUGAUAGGACUGAACAAUCGGAAGAUCAACAGAAGAUGAUGGUUUGUAAGCAUUGUAAAAUGGAAUUUUCCCGAUGGCGCGGGCUGAAGCUGCACGUGCAGUUAACCCAUCUGAAGAGAUUUGGAUACAUCUGCCCUUACUGCGAUCGUAGCACGAAUUCCGAGGGUUCGAUGCGUCAACAUAUUCGUUUCAAACAUCCUGGCUGUGUCGAGAAGCUGCAGAAAAAUCCGGAGGCCGGUGGGCCCGAAUUACCGGACGAAUUUUGGCAACGGGAGUACGGAAUAGUGUUCCCGAAGAGGACUCGAAAACGCAAAAAGAAAACCGUAGGGGACGUCGCGGAGAAGAAAGAGAAGCAGGGGCCUGAACAAUCAGAGAAUUGUAGCAAGUGCAACUUCACUGCCAUCAACUCGACCGGGCUGAAGAUUCACAUGAGGGUGCACGCGGCAAAGACUAUGCUGGCGUGUUCUUACUGUACCUUCACCACGCUUAUGAAGGCAGAAUUGGUGGAACAUUGGGACACCAAUCAUCAUUCACUGCCGCUUAAAUUCGAAGAAAAACCGUUGGCCGAACAUUCCAAUAAAUUGGACGAUAACAGUACUCUCGUCGACGAUUACAGCAACGAUAUUGAAGAGGAACACGUCGUCGAUGUGAAGCAGAAAGAAUUAAUUUUCUAUUGUUACUACUGUUCUUUCUUUGGCAAGUCUGUAGAUGCCGUUCAACUGCAUUGGAGAAUGAUGCACAAGGAAACGUCGUCGCCGGGCGAUGUUAACAGCAAAUCGAAUACUCCGUUUAGAUAUAAGGAGAUGCAAAUGACGCCGGGGAAAUCCAUAUUGAAAGCUCGAACUUCAAAAGCGCAAACGGAAAGUUCGUACGAAUUGUACUUGCAACAAUCGCAGAGCGACAUACAGGAUAUAGAUGCGAGCAGUUCGAAGGAGCAGAGUUGGACCUGCCAAUGGUGCAACGAGUUAUGUGACUCCGAAGUGAAAAUAAAGACACAUCACAACAUGUACCACUCGCAUCUACCGUUGCAUUUCAGAAAACAAGACAGCACGAAGGUGUCUAGAGGAUACGCGUGCCCCGAGUGCUCGUUCACCACGACUUUCAUCAACGUGAUGAAGAACCAUAUAUCCAAGCACAUCAGUCUGUUCAAAUGCAAACACUGUGACAAGACUUUUACUUGUCCCACGGAAGUGUCCACUCAUAACGCCGAGGAACAUCCUAACAAGGAGCUCAAGAUAGAGAGUAUAUACAAUUUCGAGCCUUUGAUGGAGAGCUUGAUGGCUAAAGUCAAAUGGCAGAAGAUCGAACAGAACGCCGAUAUUGAGAAAGAUUUACCAGAGACACCAAAAAGGAAGUGCGUGGCGAAAAAGUCUACAGCGAGAAACAUGUUUCGUCCUAAUAUUAUACCGCACAGGAUAAACGCAGUCGCUAGGAAAUCUAUCAAUCCGCAUUCAAGAUUCCUUGCCGGUAGCAGUGUUAUAGCAAAGCCAGAAGAAGAGAAGUGUGUACAAUUUUCGUUUUACGGUGUACCCAAAACUCCCGUUGAUUUAUCAAAGUUAAAUACUUACAUGGUGGUCGGUGGACAUCGGAUGAAAGUGAACUGUGUCACUCUCGCACAGCUGAUUAACAUCAAUCCAAAGAUUGUAUUGCACGAUCUCAAACAUGACGUUCAACACACGGCGACGCUUAACACAUUGAAAUAACGAACGGGAACGCGAAGGGAAAAUCCGUUUCCCUGUUUCACGUAGAUCUUUAAUUUUGUGUAAUAAUACGUGUAUAUAGAAUUCACGGUCAUCGAUAAUGUUGACAGCCAACAAUAACCAAAGCGAACUGUUACAAAAACUGGUAUUAUAUUCUCCUGUUUCACGUUGUAUUUAGCACGUGCUACGAUUGCUUUCUAUAAAAUCCAGCAUCGUUUAUAGCAUCUCAAGAGAGGAAUGCAUUUUCAUAACUUUUAACUGAUAGUUUUUCUGUCCAUAAUAUCGAAUAACAUGUAAAAAGAUUUGUUAGUACAGUUAAUUGUACCUUGUGCCUACAUUUCUUUGUUAACUGUCAGAAAUUCUAGAGCACAAAUGAAUUAAUGAACAACCGUAGAAUUUAAUCUAUCUGUUAUAGAUUGAGAUUAUACUUUUAUGCCAAUCGAAACCAGGACCAAUAAUAAUUCUUAGUUUCGUAAUUUGCAUAGAUUUUCAAUAAUCGAUCAAUCAAUCAAUCAAUAAUUAGAGAACUUAACGUUAAGCCGAACUUGUACAUAUAUAUGAAAUGUAAAAAAAAUACAAAAAAAUGAAUGGUUAAUCAGAGAGACGAAAUGUGCCAUGCUAUACUGUACCGGUGAAAAUCAGUGCUGAGAAUUUUGAGAAUCAAAAGCGCUGGAGAUAAAAAAUAAUAAUACGCGGUAGCGUCGCGAGGCUUGCCUGACAGCUAUCGCACUUAGGGAUGAUUGAGAGUGUAUUGAUACGAGAAUAUGGAUGUUAAUUUAUUUGUUAAUUUGGUAAUAUUCCUUAAUUAGUUCCGUUCAUCUCAAGUUUACGAAUGGCGAUAGAGUAAUACUAUUUUAAUUUGUACUUACACUAAAUGCUAAUCUAAAAACAUUUGUUAACGCGUUAAGCGCUGAGCCAGUUUUGCUGAGCUUCCGUUUUCGCGGCGUGGCGGGUUUCGGCCACUUGACAAAUAAUAACCGGUAUUCAGAGUUGUUGCUUAUUCUUAAGAUCAACAUAAGCAUUUGCUUAAAUCUCUAUUUCCUGUACAAGAUAGGGAUAGGAAAUCCUUAAGAUGAUCUUAAAUAUAGGCCACGAUUCUGAAUACGAAAUUCAGUUAUUUCUUAUUUCUUAACUUUGAUACUACCAGUUCCUGGGACCGUCGCCGGCAAAAUAAAAAGUUCACUGUCGCUUCCCAGGGACCGACGCCGCGCUUAACGUGUUAAAUUAUUUCCUUGUAUUAACUACUUGUGAUCUAGUACUGAGUAUAACAGUAUGCCCAAAUUUAGCAUCUAAAAUAUUAACGCGCAAAAUUUAAUAUUUACCGAUGCUCAACGAAUAUAAUAUAAAUUUUGCGCGUUGAUUGUUAAUACAUAUGCCCUGUAGCGUAUAAGAGUUGAUAUUUAAACGCGUAAGUUUCGAUCGAUAUUUGUACAAAUGUUUUAAAAUUUGUUUUAAUGUUAGACGCACGAGAUGAAGAGAGUGUGAUUCGGUUGAAAAGCCAAGACUGACUGCCCUGUAAGAAGUUAAUCAACAAAUUGUAAUUACCGUGUAAUAUAAAAUUUAACAUAAAUAUUUUUGAUUUUUAUACUAA